AUGCGCCAAACUGCGCGGCAGGAUCCCGCGCUCCGGAGGUGGUCCCGCGCAGACCCGGCCCCAGCCCCGCGCGGCGCCGCGGGAGGAAACAAAGCGAGCGAUCGCGGCUGCCACCCGGCCCGGCCCGCCCCCUCCCGGGGCUGGCGGCUUCCCCUCGCACGCGCCGCUACCUACCGGGGCUCCGACUCGGCCUCAGCCUCGGCCGCUAGCCCAAUCUCCGCGACGAUUACUGGCUGGCUCGCUGCACACGGGCGGGAUGCGCGAGCGUGCACGCGGACCGGACAUGCAGCCAGCGGAAGGGGCGGACCGGAAGGCGGGGCCGAACACCAGCCGUUUGCAAGGGAGGAGAGCAGUGAAUACGAACCUUACAUUCCAGUGACAAAACGUGGCUUGAGUCCAGCCAAUGAUACUGGAGCCAAGAAGAAGAAGAAGAAACAGAAGAAGAAGAAAGAGAAAGGCAGCGACACAGAUGUGGCCCAGGAUCAGCCUGUGAAGAUGAACUCUUUGCCAGCAGAGAGGAUCCAGGAAAUACAGAAGGCCAUUGAGCUGUUCUCAGUGGGUCAGGGACCUGCCAAAACCAUGGAGGAGGCCAGCAAGCGAAGCUACCAGUUCUGGGAUACACAGCCAGUCCCCAAAUUGGGUGAAGUGGUAAACACCCAUGGGCCAGUGGAACCGGACAAGGACAACAUUCGACAGGAGCCCUACACUCUACCCCAGGGCUUCAUUUGGGAUGCCUUGGACCUGGGAGACCGUGGUGUGCUGAAAGAACUGUACACCCUCCUGAAUGAGAACUAUGUGGAAGAUGAUGAUAACAUGUUCCGAUUUGAUUAUUCCCCAGAGUUUCUUUUGUGGGCUCUCCGGCCACCUGGCUGGCUCCCACAGUGGCACUGCGGGGUUCGAGUGGUCUCAAGUCGGAAACUGGUUGGGUUCAUUAGUGCCAUCCCAGCAAACAUCCACAUCUAUGACACAGAGAAGAAGAUGGUGGAGAUUAAUUUCCUGUGUGUCCACAAGAAGCUGCGCUCCAAGAGGGUGGCUCCAGUUUUGAUCCGAGAGAUAACCCGGCGGGUCCACCUGGAGGGCAUUUUCCAAGCGGUUUACACUGCCGGAGUGGUAUUGCCAAAGCCUGUUGGCACCUGCAGGUACUGGCAUCGGUCCCUAAACCCUCGGAAGCUGAUUGAAGUGAAGUUCUCCCACCUGAGCAGAAAUAUGACCAUGCAGCGCACCAUGAAGCUCUACCGACUGCCAGAGAACCCCAAGACAGCUGGGCUACGACCAAUGGAAAAGAAGGACAUUCCAGUAGUGCACCAGCUGCUCACCAGGUACUUGAAGCAGUUCCACCUCACGCCAGUCAUGAGCCAGGAGGAGGUAGAGCAUUGGUUCUACCCCCAAGAGAACAUCAUUGACACUUUUGUGGUAGAGAAUGCAAACGGGGAGGUGACUGAUUUCCUGAGCUUUUAUACGCUUCCAUCCACCAUCAUGAACCAUCCAACCCACAAGAGUCUAAAAGCUGCUUACUCCUUCUACAACGUCCACACCCAGACCCCUCUUCUAGACCUGAUGAGCGACGCCCUUGUUCUAGCCAAAAUGAAAGGGUUCGACGUGUUCAACGCACUGGAUCUCAUGGAGAACAAAACGUUCCUGGAGAAGCUCAAGUUCGGCAUUGGUGACGGCAACCUGCAGUAUUACCUGUACAACUGGAAGUGCCCUAGCAUGGGGGCCGAGAAGGUUGGGUUGGUGUUACAGUAACCAGUUGCCAGUGAGAUUCUGGAUAAAGCCACUGAGAAUUCAAACCAGGAAACGGAACCCCACCACUUGUUGGUCCAACUUUCACAAAUGUGAGAUCUCUGGCAAACAGAACAGAACUGAACCGGCUUUACCAAACCGCCAGCGAACUUGACAAUUCUAUUGCAAUGGCGAAGGCUGCGUGAUGUCACCUUUGGCCAUGUUUCUGGUCUCCCUGUUUUCAUUGAGUAACAUCCUCGUGCAGCCGUGAUCAAGGGAAUGUAACUGCUGAACCUAGCUCGUGAUUGGCAUAUUAUGGAGUUAACGGGUGAAUAAUAAAAGUAUAUAUAUUAUAUAUAUAUAAAUAUUUUAAAUAUCUUUCAUGUUCCAAAUGUACAAGGAUGUUUGGUCUCUAAUGAGAAAGAAGCUGAAUCUAGUCAUUCUUCAAAAUUAGAGCCCAGGGACAGUGGCAGACAGACAUGUAUUGGCACAGUUAUUGUUUCUUCAGAAGCAGGUGGCUGUUCUCGGGGAGCAGGAGAAAGGGGAUCCUGGGAGCUUCGCCCAGUUCCCCUUGGAAUUGGCUGCCCGACUGGCUUUGAACAAGGUGGGAAGGCGGAGGACUGCCAGCUGAGGGGAGAGCUCGGGUCUCCAGGGUGGCAGGACAAGCUGGGGCGGGGCUGGCCCUGGGCAGAGGCCACUGCUGCAUUCUGAGACUAGGAAGUUGGUGACAAUCAUGGAAACAGUUCAUUAACCAAGUCCCUCUUCCAGCUCCUGGGCCUUCUCCCACAGGGGAUGAUCCCACCAAGUGGUUUCAAAGGCUUUUGAGCCUGCUGGUGCCAACUCUGCAGGCGUGUGUUCCUCGUGAGACUGCCUUCACUGCCUAGGAUGGUUGGCUACUUGAAAGGCACCUUGGACCUCCUUAUAAUAUAUAUCUGGGAUCUUGUGGAGACCGUAUCAGUGCAAGCUCUGUUGAAGUCAUCUUAGUGCAUAGAGGGAGUAUCCCAGGGAGGCUGAGUAGGGGUGGCGUGGUGAUGGAUGCCCAGGCCCUUCAGCCCCAGCCCCUGCCUGUGCCUUGCAGCCCAUCAGCCAUCUCCUUGUGUGGUCCUCUCUCUGUCUCCUUUCCAGGAUGUGCAGCCCACAGUGGCAGCCACAAACAGUAACUGGAGACGAUCCGGACUGGGCAGUACUGCCACUGUCCGGUGAUCACCGGUGCUGUCGUGUGGAGUUUUGUGGUGGUAGUGAUGGUUAUUGAUGCUGCCAGUUUCUCCAGAAGUAAUCAAGCCCCUGAUCACAUGGCUGCCCAUGUGGGCAUUCUUCAGUGCGUUCAGCCAAGUGACCAGGAGGAUUGGGCUGUACUGUCAGAAAGCCGCAUCCAGCUUCCUUGUAACUUGUGCUCUAGGAGAAAGCCCCAAAUGAUACGUAGUGGGGAAUUUCCUUGCUCUUUCACCUCUUGGCAUCUUGGGGGUGGGGGAAGCUUGUAGGGAAAGAAGCCUUAGCCACGAGCCAGGCUCAGCCUUGGCCCCUGAUCUGAAGCUGUUCUGCGGGCAAGCAGGGAUUUGUAUCAGGCUGUGGCUUCUGCAGAUGCUAAUGCUGCAUCUCCUCAGCUGAAGGCAGUUGUGUGCUUGGGAUGCUGCCUGCUUUGUAGACUGCUGCUGGAGGCAGAGCCUUGCUGUGCGGGAUUCUCAUCAGAGGCUUCUGGGGACCCUCCUCCUUCAGUGUCCUGUGCUGCGAACUGCAUGUGCCAGCGAAGGUGGCUGACUUGUGACUCCAAGACACUCAGACCAAAGAAGCUGCUGCUGUUCUUGGCCAAACAUGCACUGAGUUCUACAGACAGGAGGAGUCAGAGGCGGGGCUCACCCUCGGCCUCACAGUCAGUCAGCAGACACACACGUGUCUGUCCUAAGUGCCCAAGUGGGCUCGCCCUGCCCAUACUCUUAGAGAAUGAAGUGCUCAAGUCUUUCCUACUUGGGCGGCCCUGGAAUGUAGAAAGGCCUCUUGUCUUCAUCUUGAUCAGUUGGGGGCUAGCUCUCAGCUCAGAUUGCCUCUGAGAUUUGGGAUACACAAAUCUCUGGAGUGAGCUUUGGUUUCAUUGACCCUGGUCAUGGAACAAAACAGCGAGUCCCAGGGGGCUGCCCUGGAAGAAACAGAUCUGCUGGCAACAACUACUCUGUCCCCAAAACCAGGUGGCUUGCUCAGUCCGCUUCUGCUGCUGCCUCAUGAUGGGCACCCUGCCCAGCUCUGCAGGGCUUGGCUCAGGGCUUGUUUUUAAGUCUUGUUUUUAUCCAAACCGUCCUGGUGUCUUCAUUCAGCCCUCAUGGGAAUAGGGGCCAAAGAGCACCAUCACGGGUUCAAAGCUACUCCACAGUCUUGGGAGUGUGGCAGCCCUGUGACUGGCUUGAACCAAACGAGAAGGGCCCUGGGCCCUCCCAGCUGACCUGUCAGUCAGCCACUGUUGGAAUGCCUCUGUGGGCCUGGCCCCAGUCCUCUGCUAUGUCUGAAGACCUUCCCUCCCUGCCUUUGGAUUGACUCUCGAUGCUACCACAGACUCCAGUCUGUAGGGAGUGAGCUGGGUAGGAAGGUCUUAACCCUGGAUUGAGGCCUACAUGGGGCUCGCUUUCCCACUCGUGCCUGUGUCUGAAGAUGUUGGCAUCUGAAGGUUGACUCCCACCAAGCUCUGCAAAUACUCAGUUUCAUGGAAACCUUCAGGCCUUGCCCUUCUCUGUCAUUUGUUCCCCUUACGUGCUGGCACUCUGAAGCAGGUGUCUUUGUGGUAUUGAAUUCUGUCUCCAGAGAUGACCAGCAUUAAACCAACCUGGGGACCCGAAGGCCCUGAAUGGUUUUCGCGAGCUUUCUACAGCGCAAGAGAACUAGUGUCUUGGGGCUUGGUCUGCCUGCCCUAGAACCAGAGGAUACUAUUGUCCUGCUGCAAAGCGAAGGCAGGGCUACAGACGACUAACUGCCCCUGAGGAGAUUCACCACGGUUUCCUUGAAUUCCACUCAAAACAUAGACUGGGGCCAGGGAGAGGGCUUCACUUUUUUGUUCUGGCUUUUCUGGGCUGUACUGGGGGUGUCAUUGCCAGGGUAGGGGCAGAGAUACCAAGUGCAUUGUUCCAUUCAGUACAUCUCACUGGUUUCUAAUAAAGGAAGCAGCUCAACGGA